CGUUUUCACCUCCCGCUGCCAACUCGGAUCGCCAGAGAGCUCGCAACGGGUUUUGAGGUGCCGCUGUUGCUGUUUUUGAGAGGAGGAAGAGGACAAAAAACACAUAGCCAGAUAUCUUCUUGAUCUCUUAAAGGCUGAGCAGGAGGUCCUGUUUCGUCGCCCGCGUGUGUGAAGGAAAAAGAUGGAUGGGCUUGGUGGUGGUGAUGAAGAUGCCGAGAGAAGGCAGCUGCUUCAUGACGCGCUCAAGCACAACAAGGACUAUCAGAUCGCUGAGGGCCUGACGGUCAACCUCUUCGACGGUUUUGUGGACUGGAAGAACUUCCACUGCCUUGGGCAGAGCGCCGACCAUCCCUUCCCACACAUGGACCCAAGGGCCAGGACCACACAUCGAGGGCAGACCUAUGUCGAGAGUGACACUGACGCGGAGGUGAGCAGAAGGAACGGGGCGGAGCAUUGAUUCGGUUUGAUGGCUGGCUGGUCUGGUUUUGACCAUUGCACUGCAGAUGCUCAUCUUCAUUCCCUUCAACCAAAAGGUGACCCUGCAGUCGCUCGGCUUCACCGUCCUCUCAUCGCAUCUCUCUUUCGGCCCCCGCACCGUCUACCUCUUCCCCAACCGAUGGAGUCUCGACUUCGACGACGCUCUCACCACCGACCCGGCGCAGACGCUCACCUUCACGCGCGAGGAUCUUGCGGACGGCACCGCUCUCUCCCUCUCUGCGGCCAAGUUCUCGUGCGUCGACUGUGUGUGGGUGUUUGUGGCGUCCAACCAGGGCGGCGAGGAGGUGACGCGGAUGAGCAAGAUGGGUCUGCUGGGGAGGCCGCUGAAGGACGGGAGCCACCAGAAGCUGGGGGGCAUCAGGGGCAUGAUGCGAGCAUGAUACAGACAGACAGGGAGGGGAGGGAUGGAGGGAAGUGGGUGGCGAGGACAAAGGUCCCCUGCCACUCACUGCCUUGUCCACCAGUGAGCGGUUGGUGCUUGUAGAAAGAAGGGCUGCCUGCAUGUGUCUGUUGUCAUGUCAGCUGGUCGCUUUUGUACAUACCUAAGUCAGUCGGCGAUCAUGAUUGUCACUCCAACGCACGGCACUGAUAUAUGGCUUUUCCCCUUGUCGUGACCUGCGCGAUGAUGACCAAGAUACCGUUUCUGCCGCGAGAGGUAUCUUGGUAGUCAUCGUCAGGGCCGCGAGAAGGCGACUGCCACAGCGCCUAGAACAUGGAGUCUGUGAAGAGCUGUGUGUGUGCGACUGGGUCUGUGGCGUAGCACGAGCGUUUGAGCGUUUUUUGACGGUGACACAACUGAGUGUGUAUGAUCAUCAUGGCGGUGUUGUGG